UGCGAUCGUAUCAAUCGUAUUCCGCGACAAAAGUACUUUUAUUCCAACUUGUACAUACUAAUUAAAUUUAUUAGACUAAUUUAUUUGUAUCCAAGCUCUGAAAACUGCCAAUUGUUGUCUUUUUCAUAAAAUAAAAACAGCUGAGUUUGUGAUAUACAUUUUAUAUAUUUAUUUACAUUUAACGAUUUAGUCCUCUGAUAAAACUCACUUAACUUUUGGAUAAACCGUUUUAGUUGUGUCAUUUAGAUUGUGUCACACGGGCUUGGGAGAUUGUAAUUUAUCAAUCAAACGUUUACUUAACCGGUGAAAAAAUGGCCAAAUGGGGUGAAGGAGAUCCAAGGUGGAUUGUCGAAGAAAGACCAGAUGCUACAAAUGUCAAUAACUGGCACUGGACUGAAAAAAAUGCGUGUGCUUGGUCCCAGGAAAAAAUAAAAGAUUUGUUUAAAAAUUUUGAAAUCAAAGGCGAUGGCUCAAGUUGUACGAUAAAGGAAGUAGAGACUUGUGACGGGGAAGCUGUCGUCAAUAACCGCAAAGGCAAGCUUAUAUUUUUCUAUGAAUGGAAUAUCGCUUUGAAGUGGGAGUCGAAUGAAGAUAAAGACAUUAGUGGGAAAAUAAAUAUUCCGAACCUGUCUGAAGAAAAUGAUAUCGAUGAAGUUGAUAUCGAGAUUACUCUGAAGAAUAGUACGAAUGAGGGCGAAAAAGUUAAACACUUUCUGCAUACUAAAGGAAAAGACAGCAUCCGAGAACGACUGUCUUCUUAUGUAUCAGCUUUAAAAGAAGAAUUUUCACGAGGAAUGAUACUGCCGCAAAAAAACAAUGUCAAUAAAAAUGUGGUAAAUUCAUCGGCUAUUUCUGACAUCAAAGCAAAAAUGAAUGCCACCGUUGUAUCGUCGAAAAAAUCACCAGGAUACAAGAUAGCGACUGCGACUAUUAAGCAGCAACAAAAAUUCCAGUGCAGAGCUGAAGAAUUUUAUAACGUUUUUACAACUGCUGAGAUGGUGCAAGCGUUCACGAAGGGUCCCGUAAAAAUAGAAGCAAAAAAAUCAGGAAAGUUUGAACUCUUUGGUGGUAAUAUAUACGGAGAGUUUGUUGAUUUAUCUCCAACGAAAAUAGUACAAAAGUGGAGAGCCAAACAGUGGCCGGACGGGCAUUUUAGCGAAGUAAUUAUUGACAUUAGCGAGAAGAACGACCACACGGAAGUUAAUCUGACACAGACUGGUGUACCAUCAACCGAGGAAGAGUCAACAAAAGAGAACUGGGAUCGGUACUACUGGGACCCUAUAAAACGUACCUUCGGUUUUGGAUAUUUUAUGUGAUCGAAAUUUUUCAUACUACAUAUUUAUUUAAUAAUUAAAUAGGUAAACUUAUAUAUACACUAUUUUUAUCAUUUAAUGCUUCAAUGUUCUAUCAGAUUUAAUCGUAAAACUAAUGAAGAAAAAAAAUCAUCAAUGCAGGGUUUAAAUUUACAGCCGCAAUUAAUUUUUCCAUCAUGUCAUCAUCACGUUUAUAAGAUAGGUUCUAAAUAAUAAUAAUAAUUAUACAAAUAAAAAAAAGUAAAUAAGAAAGAGAAUGGUACAGGAGUCAAGUGCAUUGUACACUUAUGAAUUAGUUAAAUAAAAAAGAAACAAAUCUCAA